AGAACUACUACGACCGCUAUUACAAGCACCGGCCGUCGAGGGAUCAUCACGUCGCGGAUACGAGAUACUGAAGAAAAAAUUCGAAGGAAUGAUUCAGCAAGUACCCUGCAAGGUAUUCGUCGGCCGCUGUACUGAGGACCUAACCGCGGACGAUCUACGAGAUUAUUUCUCCAAAUUCGGCGAGGUGACGGACGUAUUCAUCCCGAAACCCUUCCGCGCGUUCUCGUUUGUUACUUUCCUAGACCCCGAGGUCGCCCAGUCGCUCUGCGGCGAAGAUCAUAUUAUCAAGGGUGUCUCGGUACACGUCUCGAAUGCCGCGCCCAAGUCCGAGGGCAACAAUAAAAAUUUUAAUAAUCAAGUGAACUCGAACAUGAGGGGCGGCAGGGGCGCGCCGGGGCCCGUCGAUAAUAACGUGCAGGGCAAUUAUCAGGGUAACCGCUAUAUGGGUCAUUCGGGCAACAAUAUGGGCCCGAACGGAUGGAAUAAUCCCGGUAAUCGCGGCAAUCUCGAUAUGCCAAAUCUACAGGCUCUUGGUAUCACCGGACAAAACAACGGCGGUGGUGGCGGUGGUGGGAUGUCGAAUCCGCUGGCGAUGGGUGGUCUGAAUCUGUCCGCGCUGCCGGUCAAUCCGGCACUGGUGGCCGCCGCCCUUAACCAGGCGUCCUGGGGUCUGAUCGGCAACCUGCAGAACCAGGGAAACGACCAGGGUUAUUCGAACCAGCCGGGCCCACCGGGCCAGCCGCCCUCCGGUAACAACAGCAUUGGCAACAGCGGCAAUUCCGGCUUCCUCAGCUGGAUGAACCAAGGCGGCGGCGACGGCAAUACUGGCAAUCCCGGCACCGGCGGCCCCGGGCCGAAUAACCCGAACGCGUCCCAGGGCGCCUGGCAGAAUCACCCGGGUCAGCGCGAUCAGAAAUCGAAUACCUUUCUUAAGUACGAGUAAAUUCAAUCGGGGCCGUGGGUCUACUCGUAAAACCAAACGGAUCCUCCAUCCACGGGUCCCGAUGCAACAACCAUAGCGAACGGUGGUAACUGACGGGGCCGACGGUUUUUCCAUAAGCACGUCGGCCCCGUCGAGAAAACAAGAGCCAGAGCCUAUGUAUCGUUUUUUCUAAUGUUUUGCACUAAUCGCCACUGCGUGUAUUAUAAUAUUUCGAAAAUUCUCCCCUACUCUCUUACUGGUUUGACAAAUUAGCACAAUUCCGUUCGUUCGAAGGAGGUUUAGGUUUAUACGACAAAAGCGGAUAGCUCCGAUUUAUAUAUUGAAUAUGUGUGCGUCUGGUUUUUUGCGUGGUCUCUCUGGUGUGAGCGUGCGAAAAUGAAUAGGUAGCAAGAUCGAAUAUGUAUGAAAUUGAUGUGUGAGCAGCUUGUAACUGCACGGCAAGAAUGAGAUUAUGUAAUAAAAUAAAUUUACUGCUUAACAUAAUUAUUGGUAACAUGUAAUUUACAUGAUAGAAUACCUAAUGAGAUCUGAGUCUCAAGAAGACUUAAGCUACUUCAGCAUUUAUCAAACCCAGUGAAAUGUAUACCAGAAUAUUUUUACUCAAAAGGAAAUUACUGCCAUACAUACAGAUAUAAAUCGUAUAGAAAAUAAUUAUAGUUACAAUUGCAUAUGCAUGCGUUUCAUUUUAUCUAAGUAUACAUCAUUUUUCCAUUGAGUAAUUAUUAAAUUAUGGGAAAGUUGGAAAUAGCUCGAGUCUUUUUUUGUCGCAAAUCUCGAUGAUACAAGAAGCUUUAGAAUAUUUAUUCAGAGGAUUUGUAAUAAGAGUCUAUCCGUAAGGCGAUUUUGUCAAAAUCCUGCGAGGGAGAAGGAUAUACAUUUACUAAUCUUUCUCAUUCGUUUUUUUUUCUAUUUUUUUUCUCCUUUCUCUCAGGAGGAAACAUGGCGGAACUAUAUGAUUUGGCUGUCUUGUGGUUAAACUCUUAUUACAGUAUCUCUAUAUUUACUUAAUACCAUUUGUUGAGAAAUUGGUUGAUCACAUCUUUUUGUUUAACCAUCAUUAACUAAAUUUUUCCUCCUCAUCUACAUAAACAUUUUUUUUAUAUAGGAGAGGAGACUAGAUCCAUCGCCUUAAUUAUACAAAUUAAAUUAGUUUGUAACUCAGACGAUGGAUCUAUCUAACGUGGGUGCAAUGUGGUAAUAGACGAUACCGUGAAACCAAAGCCAAUUAAUGUUAUAUUGAAUCGAAAGCUGAGUCUAAUUGCUAGACAUUGUUUAUAAGAAAGCGUUUGUUACAACACAAUAUAUAACUUGCCAUCUUUUUUUUCAAAUUACAAAAGAAUAUUCUAUUUCUUGCAUGUUAUUUUUUAACGACGAAUCUUUUGAUUAAUUAUUUUUUGUUGUAUUUUAGAGAUCUAGAAAAAAGAUCUAGAUCUACAUUUAGAAUUGAAACUUUUAGCUGUUGUAGACAGCUUUUUUCAGUAUAUUUCAUUCGAAGCUUUGCAGUCGUUUGUAACAUCCUCUAGCAAAAUACUUUCUCGACGUAGAUAAUGGAUUUCAUUUUGUAAUUAUUUAUAAUACCAAUGUUGUACGAACAAAAUAUUGCAAGAUAUGCUUUAAAGAGAUUUCAAAACACUGAAUAAUAUGUAAAAUAAACGAGGAUUGAGAUAGUAAAAAUUACUAAUUAGACAAGUACAUUUUCGUCUAUAGAGAUAAUCAACGUUGAAAUCAAAAUUUUAUUUUAUUAAAUUUCAUUAAUUUAUUAUUUUAGACAUUAAAUAAAUCGGAAAUUUCCUUUGGUGCAGAGUUACCGCCAUUAAAGUAAUCCUUAUUCUCUAGCUUGCAGUACUAUUUAUCUGCUUCGUGAAAGAUUAACACUUUCCAAAAUAUUAACAAGAUCUUGAAAAAAAAACGUAAAUUGUGAUUGAUGUGAUUGCCUGACAGUGUAUGAAUGUGUCGAUGGCUCGCAACACACCUGGAGACUGAUCGCAGCUAUCCGUAUUGUAUUAUAUAUUAUAUAUUAUUAUCGAUUUGAACUUUUGUUUCAAAUAUUUCAAAUGUAACACAUAAAUAGCUUAUUAUGUGAGAAUUUUACACUAGUGUGAAGGUGUGUCAAAAAUUAUUGAUUGAUUGUGUGUGAAAGAAAAUUGUUUGGAUUGAUCAGAUUUUUGUAUUUUAAUUGAGUGAUUUGAAAGAAAGCGGGAAGAGAAAACUCUGUUUAGAUGUCUUACAUGUCUGUGUAUAAUGUGUCAUAAGUUCUGAAUGAAAUACGAUGGAAUAGACUUUCGAACAGUUUCCUGAUUGAACGAUAAUGAAAAAGAUAGCUUUACUGGUCGAGAGUAAUUUAUUUUUCAAAGAAAGGAAGAAAGAAAAAGAAAGAGUCGCGAGCACAGAAGAGAAGGAAUGCAAUUCACAUCUCACAUUUAUAGUCAAUAAACUUUAACAUACGAAAUAGUUAUGUCAAACAAUUUAAACUUAAAGACCGCAUUCGUCACCGCGAGCAUCACUAUAUACCACGUUAAAGGAAUUAUUUAGAUUGACUAUUUCAGACUACACUAAUUAUCUCUUAUGAGUAUAUUAAUUGAGAGAAUAAAAUAAUCCUUCUAUAUAGGAGAUGUAUGUACUGUUGUGCUUUUUCAUUUUCUUGUACAGUGAUUUCUCAUGAACUUCCUUCUUUUAAACGUGAGACAUUACUUAAUAUAUGAUCCUAAUGAUAAUAUUCUCUCACUCUUUCUCUCUCACUAGCGUGAAGUCUUAUCGAUAUGCGUGUGCCGCGUGUACAGAAGGGAAAAAUCUCUAAACUUUUAGAAUGUCAAAUCCCGGAUUUGCUCGACGCACGCGUGUGUGUAUGGUGGCUGAAUGUAUUUGUUAAUGGUCGUCUCAGAAUUGCACAGGCGUGAGUUUUUACUACCUAUUAGCAAAAGUGAUGAUGUCGUUUGUUUAGAGACACUGAGAACGCGCGUACUUGGCAGAGCGAGGUGAAGAAGUGAGGUGACUGAGUAAAUAAUGCAUAAGGCGAGCGGGAAAGCACUGCGAUAUUAGAUGAGAAUGAGCAAAUCGUCCAGUGUGUAUCUGAUAUACAUAUAUUUAAAUCGAGAGGAGGUUGUUUAUAUACGUAAUGUAUGUAAAAAAGGCUAAAUUAUACACACAUACACACACAUACAAACACCGAUUUGAAUGAGGAGAGAUAGACGAUAUGGAGUUGAUUGAUUGCGUAUUCUGCCACGCUAUUAAGUCUAUAAAUUGUUAAAUUAAUCUACAUAGAGAAACUGUGGUUUAAGACAAUUUUCAACAGACAUUGGAACCAAGUUUGUCACUAAGGCACGAAUGUUCGCGCUUUAAUUUUCUUGGCGUCUAAAAAUAUUUUUCAGGGAGAAUGUAGUUCCUUAUAAUACAAGAAGUAAAGAAUAAAUUAUGAUAAAAUAAUUUGUACAAGAGAGGUGAAGUAAAAUAGUUGAUGAAUGACUGUAUUAAUAGAUAAUAGUUGAUUGAUCUGCUCGAACAUUCGUGCGUGAGUCGCGAUUAUAGAUCUACGUGAUCUGACAAUUUAGUUUAUAGACGCAUCUCUUUUCUCUUAGCCUCUAAACAAUGAAACAUUAAAUGCAUUCUUUCAUCUCUUUGCUAUAUUUAAUAUAAACUUGCAUAAAUUUGUUUUGUUUUGAUAAAGAAAUUUGAAUUAUUAUUUAGCAAGAAACUAAGAAUGUUUCACAAUUACAAUUGAGGUAAUAUUUUUUUAAUUUUCAAACUGUGCGAUUUUACUUUCAAUCUUGAAACGCAUUAAUUCUUAAAUUGAACCAGAAUAAUAUAAUAUAUACUAUUAUAUAUUAUAGUAUAUGAUAGUAGAAUAUAAUGUUACAAAAUUAAAUUGAUUCUCAAUUUAAUAAUACUAAUGCUAACAAGUAUCUAUUAUUGAUAUCCAAUAAACUCCUUUCACAAAGUUUGAAUAAUUAGAAAAUUUAUAUAAAAUUACAUAAGAAAUAUUAUUGAGCACUAAAAUUUUGCUAUAACCGUUUUUUGGCUUUCUUGAUUUAAAUACAUAUAAUAUAUGUAUAAUUAUAAUAUAUUACAAUAUAGAUAUACAUAAUAUGUAUAUCUAUAUUUAAUAUAUGUAUAUGUAUACAUAUAUGCUAUAAUAUACGAUUUAUAUAAAAUAUAUACAUAUAUAUAUUACUAUUUUUCUCAGUUAUCAAUAUUUCGUUAAAAAAAUGCACCAAAAAAAAUUUAUUGAAACAACCAAGAAUUUCUUUGCAUCUAAUUCAGCAAAUCUAUAGCUAUAAUAUUCAAAUAGUCAGUUUUUUAUGUUAAAGUAUGAAAGUUUUAUAAUUGAAAAAAAAUUAACAAUUAUAAUUAAUUAUAAUAUUGUUAUAAUUAGCACAGCAAAUUUGUUAAAACUUUGUAAAAAUUAGUCGAAUAUACGGAAAUUUUUGACGAAACAUGGCUUGUUGCAUUGGCUUGUUAUAUUAGCAAUUUUUAUUGUAAAAAAGAAUUAGUUGCUGUAAUAAUUUAUUCGUUGCUUUUGGACACUAUUUCUUUAUUGAUUUAUCGAAUCUUUUUAGUUAUAAAUGUUGUACUUACGCAAUAAACUAUUGCUUUGCUGAAUCAAUUUAUUUUUUCUACGUAAGAAAGAAAUUAUAAAUGUCGCGAGAUGAGUUUCCACAUCAAGAAAGAUAAUACACAAUCUCCUUCGUUAAACAAAUUUUUAAAAAUAAAAUCUUGUCCAUGGAAUUAAUUGUCAAGUCACGUAUUUCAAAUCGUUUGAAAUAGCGAUGCCUACGACGUUAUCGGCAUUUUCUCGCGAUCCCUGAUCGGUGAGUUUUUUUCGCGCGGGAUGAGAAUGCCCACUGCUCAAAGGAUGCCUUGCAAAACGAUUUGGAAGUGAUCUACGAAAUAUGUAAAUACGGAUUGAUAUAAAGCAAUUUUAAUAUCGCUCACAAAAUGUAAACGAAUUUUAUUGUAGAGUUAGCUGCGCUCUGUAAAUCGCUCGAUAAUUGUAUUCUGAGAGAGGGAGAGGGAGAGAGAGAGAGUGAGAGAGAGAGAAAGAGAAAUAGGGAGAGAGAGAGAGAGAGAGAGAGAGGAAAUGAAGAUGCGGCUGCAUGAGACGAAGUCCCUGAAGACUUAGUGUGUCGUGAAACGUUGUCGUGUGAGAAUGUUGAAUUCAGAUCCGUCGAUCUCGCGGCUGUUAAGGAGGAUUUCGAGCCGCUCUUCGUGGAAGGGCACGCGGCGAGGAAACCGACGCGAAAACCGACAUUCUUUUACACUUUUGAGAUACGCCGAGCUAUAUACAAACGAGUCGAAUGUGAGUCGAGACUAUCGUGGGUUUUUUACCGUGUGCGAGAACGAUUUUUGCGCGUGCCGCAAUCCAUCGUGCGAAAGAGAGAGAAGUGUCAUAAAGUCUUUUUGUCCACUGCGGUAUUUUGCCGCGCGACAUCUCGUAGAUGCUACCGGAAGAUCGCGAGAACGGCAUUACGUUUCCCCAAUUUAUGCUGAUGAUUCUGCCGUGUGAAAUUGUAAAAACGUUUCCCGAGUUCGCUGAGUUGAUGCGAGAAUACUCAAUGCUCUCCGUAACGUUCUCCGUUGAUUGUAGUGUAUGUUAAAUUAUGCCGAGAAUAAAAUACCCAAGCAUCGUGGGGGUACCACAGAUUCCUUUAAAUAAUGCGAGUCAGCGAUGCACAAUCACAUAAUCUGCUAGUUGUCCUAGGAUUGACGGAAGACUCGCGAAAUUUUUUCAAUUUCUUGUCUACCAGUAACGUUUAAAAUUGUAACAGGAUCACAUUUCCAUGAACUAGUAAAAAAUGAAUUGGUUUUUGUCGAGAA